GGUUUUAGUUAUACUGUGACUAUUCCGUCAUACCAACAUUAUUUGCAUCUCCCUGUGAAAAAUCGCAGGUCCUAAAUUCCAAAAUCGAUUUCGGGCAAAGGGCAAACAAAAACGAAUUUCAUAUACUCGAAAUCAACAUGUCGGAAUAAUUUUUUAUGUUUAUUUUUAGUUAUGUUUCUACAUUAUAAUAUUUCCAAAUCUGUGAUUUUUAGCAAGUAUUCUUGUCCUUAGAAUUUUUCAUGUUUUCAUUUGUUUCCUGACACAAAGCCCACGUUUUUUAAAAUAAUUCUGUUUCGUUUUUCGUUGUUUCAUAUAGUUAUUUGCUAGUCCUUUUUGAAUAUUUUUGAUACAUAAAAAUGCAGACGACAGCUUUUGUAGAAGACUGGCUGUGUUAUGACACAACUUUAGGAGAAGGGGCUUAUGGAGAGGUUAAGCUUCUGAUCCACAAAAAAACUGAAGAGAAGAUUGCUUGUAAAAUAAUCAAUCACAGAAAAUAUAAAAAUGCUUCCUCAAAUAUUAAUAGAGAAGUUACGAUUCACAAAAUGUUGGACCACGAAAAUAUUAUCAAAUAUUAUGGACGUAGACAGGAGCCUCUCAAGGAAUAUAUUUUCUUGGAAUAUGCAGCUGGAGGAGAACUUUUUCAGCAAAUUGAACCUGAUACUGGAAUGCCUUCAGGAAUGGCCCAAACUUUCAUGAAACAGCUUUUAUUUGGACUCAGCUACCUACAUAGUAAAGGAAUUGCACAUAGAGAUAUAAAACCAGAAAAUUUACUCAUCGAUAGUGAUGGCAAUCUUAAAAUAAGUGAUUUCGGAUUAGCAACUCUGUUCCGAUUCAAAGGGAAAGAAAGACUGUUGGAUAAAAAAUGUGGCACUAAACCUUACUUAGCGCCUGAAGUUUUGCUGAGGCCAUACAGAGCUCAACCUGCCGAUAUAUGGAGCUGUGGAAUAGUGUUUGUAACUAUGCUAACGGGUGAACUUCCCUGGUCAGAACCAAGUGAAAAAAACAAAGAAUUUAUGAAAUGGAAAACAGACAUGUAUUUAUCUGAAACCCCGUGGUCUAAACUUGGUAAUACUGCUCUGAGUUUGGCAAGGCAAAUUUUGAAUGUUGAUGACAAGAAACGCUUGACUAUAACACAGAUUGAGAAUCAUCCAUGGAUGAGAUUCAACUUUGGAUCUGGUAUCUGUAACUACAGUGGAUGAGCAUAAAAAUCCCCUGACGUUCAAGGCUAAUAUUUACGAUAUGGAUGGAAAAAUUCUAUUAGACUUCCGAUUAUCCAAAGGCUGUGGUUUAGAGUUUAAGAAGAAAUUUCUCAAGAUCAAGAAAUACCUGGAAGACAUUAUAGGAGACUGUUCUGAUUUGUAAAUAGUUAUUGACUUGUAUCAAACUCUUGAAAUGUUUUCUGAUAUAGGAAGUUACCUUAUUAAAUGUUUUGUGUUAUUGUUUCACUUGAAGUGAUUUGUUGACUGUUCAAAAAUUGUUUAUAUUUGAUACCAAUAAAUUAAUUUUUCAUAAAA